AUGAGUGCGGGCUCCGGCUGCAAGCCCUGCAGGAAGCGAGCCCGUUGCGGCGCCCCGAAAUCGCCGCCGCCCGCAGUCUCAGAUCCCCUGAGCCAUCCCGCAGGAAAGAGGCAGGUCUCGUCCUCCCGGGGCGACCCCGGGCAGCCCACCCUGUGCCCUCUCUGGCAGAGGACGCCGCCGUCGUCCCCAUCCACUGGUUCUCCAGGGCCAGCAGUGCCCCGGCCACACAGCGUCGACUCGGGCGGCAAAUUGGGGAACAAAGUUUUCAAACAAAAGACAAUUACCAGUUGGGUGGACACUAAAGGAUUCAAGACAAGAUUAAAAAGUUUACAGAGUAAAGAUACCAUCAUAGCAGCAGGAUCUAAAAUGAGUUCUGUACAGAAAGAUAACCUUUUCCAACAUAACAUGGAGAAGUUAGAAAAUGUUUCUCAGCUGAGCCACCCUAACUCAUCUCUAGAUAAAAGUACAAAGCAUUUCAACCAUCCUCUUACUUCCAGUACCUGUAAUUGGCAAAGUGAAGGAAAACAAAAGGAGCUUUUGGAAACCGAACCCCAGGAAGUAACCCUUGUAGCAGAUCAAUUCAGAAAUGCUAAUGUGGAUCAAUCACCCCAAAGUGAUGAUCAUCACAUAGAUUGUGAAGAAAAUAGAGACAAUAGGCAGCUCUUAUUGACACCUGUAAAGAUAGCAAAUUCCAAGCAGCCUAUGAAAGAUGCACAACCAACAGAGGCUUCAGACAACUUGCAGCAAAGUAAGUGUUGCCAGCCUGAUGACUCUAUUGUAGCUAGUCAACAGGAGGAUGUAGAUGUUGUUCCAGAGAGUCCACUGUCAGAUGUUUGUUGUGGUGACCUUAUAACUGAUCAGAAGAAUAUUGGGAAGAUGAGUGGACAAGAAAGUCCUGCAGAGUCUCCUCUUUUUGAGAAAGAAAGUGAACCAGAGUCCCCAAUGGAUGUUGAUAAUUCUAAGAAUAGCUGUCAGAAUUCUGAAGCAGAUGAAGAAACAAGCCCAUGUUUUGAUGAACAAGAAGAUGGUGAUUCCUCUAAAGCAGCAAAUAAGUCAUCCAAGUUUCAAGCAGUGGAAACUAAAACAGAAUGUAGAAAACAGCAGUCUAGUAGAGCAUGUGAAGAUAAUGGAGCCAGACUUCAGUUUGAAAGAGAAGAGAGUCCCCCAGUGGAGGACAAUUUAUACGCCAAAUCUCCUACCAUCCCUGGUCUGAAUGUGGAAUGCAAAGGUCCCAAGCAACCUGGGAGAAAGGAUUCUAAAAUAACAGAUCACUUCAUGAGAAUGCCCCGAGGAGAGGACAAAAGAAAAGAACAAUGUGAACUCAAACACCAAAGACCAGACAGGAAGAUCCCCAAGUACAUUCCACCUCAGGUUUCCCCAGAUAAGAAAUGGCUUGGAACUCCUAUUGAGGAAUUGAGAAGAAUGCCUUUGUGUGGAGUUCGUCUUCCUCACCUGAGACACUCUGUCAAUCAUACAGUAACUGUUCGGGUAGAUCUUUUGAAAGCUGGAGAAGUUCCUAAACCUUUUCCAACACAUUAUAGGGAUAUAUGGGAUAAUAAGCAUGUCAAAAUGCCUUGCUCAGAACAAAAUUUGUACCCUGUUGAAGAUGAGAAUGGCGAACGAACAGCAGGCAGUCGCUGGGAACUCAUUCAGACAGCACUCCUUAACAAGUUCAGCCGUCCACAGAACCUGAAGGAUGCUAUAUUGAAAUACAAUGUUGCAUAUGCUAAGAAAUGGGACUUUACAGCUUUGGUCGACUUCUGGGAUAAGGUCCUUGAAGAGGCAGAGGCCCAGCACUUAUGUCAGUCCAUCCUGCCUGAUAUGGUGAAAUUAGCCCUUUGUCUGCCAGAUAUUUGCACAAAGCCAAUACCUCUACUGAAACAGAAGAUGAAUCACUCCAUCACCAUGUCACAAGAGCAGAUUGCUAGUCUUUUAGCUAAUGCUUUCUUUUGCACAUUUCCACGCCGAAAUGCUAAGAUGAAAUCUGAGUAUUCUAGUUACCCAGACAUUAACUUCAACAGAUUGUUUGAAGGAAGAUCGUCAAGGAAGCCUGAGAAGCUUAAAACUCUCUUCUGCUACUUUAGAAAAGUCACAGAGAAAAAACCUACUGGCUUGGUGACAUUUACAAGACAGAGUCUUCAAGAUUUUCCAGAAUGGGAAAGGUGUGAAAAAAAAUUAACUCGGUUGUACGUAACUUAUGAAGGUACCAUAGAAGGAAAUGGACAAGGCAUGCUGCAGGUGGACUUUGCCAAUCGCUUUGUUGGAGGGGGUGUAACCAGUGCAGGGCUGGUUCAGGAAGAAAUCAGAUUUUUAAUCAACCCUGAAUUGAUUGUAUCACGACUCAUCACCGAGGUGCUGGAUCACAAUGAAUGUCUUAUCAUCACAGGUACUGAACAGUACAGUGAAUACAUAGGCUAUGCAGAAACAUACCGUUGGGCCCGAAGCCAUGAUGAUAAGAGUGAAAGGGAUGACUGGCAGAGGCGCUGCACGGAGAUCGUCGCUAUUGAUGCACUUCACUUCAGACGCUACCUCGAUCAGUUUGUGCCUGAGAAAAUCCGACGGGAGCUUAACAAGGCUUACUGUGGUUUCUUUCGACCAGGAGUUUCUUCUGAGAAUCUUUCAGCAGUGGCUACAGGAAACUGGGGAUGUGGUGCCUUUGGGGGUGAUUCUAGAUUAAAAGCCUUAAUACAAAUACUGGCGGCGGCUGCAGCUGAGCGAGAUGUGGCUUAUUUUACCUUUGGGGAUUCCGAGUUGAUGAGAGACAUUUAUAGCAUGCACACCUUCCUCACCGAAAGGGGACAGACUGUUGGACAAGUUUAUAAGCUGCUGCUCCGAUAUUACAAUGAAGAAUGCAAAAGCUGCUCGAGCUCAGGACCAGAUGUUAAGCUUUAUCCUUUCAUAUAUAGCAUCAUUGACUCCUAUGCAGAGACCACUGACCACAAUGGAAAAAGGACAGGAUUCCGUGGAUUGGAAUGAGUGAGACUCCUCAGUCAGCGUGGAUUCUUUCUUCCUCGAUUCGCCCCUAUUAUCGCCCCCACCAAUAUGCUGUUUGAAUUUCUGGGUGUAUUAUAUGAACUGGCUUAACUUAAUAUAAUUGUGUAUAUAAUCUUGCAUUUGUAAUCCCGUAUACUGUCUCAUUUUGGAGAGAUGGGAUUUUUCAGGUUGUCCAUUUAAACCACAUCCAUCUUGAUUUAGAAUAGGUAUGACUAGAUUUAAUUUUAUUUCAAUUUUUUCUUAUUCAUCAACGUAUUUCAGACUAUAUUCUUUAGACUCCAUAGUCCAUCAGGUUUCUUUUUGAAAAUCUAUAAAAGGUUAUUCUUAA